UUUAAUGGUAAACAUUUUAUCUGCUGUUCAGUGCAUUUUGAACAAAAAACAGUGUUUGCUGUAAUGUCUCGCUAGGGUGUCGCUGUGGGAUAAAGUGUUGGUACAGUUAUCAAUAAAUAGGUAAAGAUCUGCCAGCAAGCCAUACUGUAGACUAUAAUAAAAUAAUUGAUUACUAUGAAAUCGAUUGCUCUGAUCUAUUUACCGGCAGGUGAUUUCAAUUGAAUUACUCGGCACAUCAAUAGUGUUUUAAUAUUGCUUCCAAUAAAUAUAAAAAUACAUGUGGGUGAAGUUUUCCACCUUCUCUAACAUGAUAAUUAGUUGAUAGGUUUGUUUAAUGAAGUAUUCAUCCACAUGAUUUCAAGGGUGUGGCGUAGAGAAAUUGACAGCAUAUUUUAACCUUAUCUUUGCCAUACAAAGCUGGUAACUAUGGAAUAAGCCUUUGACUGACGGAUGGACCUAUAUGCAGUAAUUAUAACUACGAAUGUGUAUAAAAAAAAUGCUUUAAAUUCUAUAAAGUGCGGUGGGAUUUAUUACAAGGUAAUUUUAUAUGUGACACGGUUUAUUUGACUGUAAUGAGCAGUUAUAGACACCACAGCAACACAAAUAACUAUAAUGAAAUGAGAGCGAAGGAAAAUAAAAAUGUACGAGCCAAUAACAUGUUGAUGUGUUAAAAUAGCCGAUAGUGAAUAUUUUUCUCGAUGUUAUCAAUUUACACUUAUGGAUAAUAAGAAAAUGGCUGAGAGUUCGAGAUCUAAGCAUGAGGUGAGGUCAUCUAGAAUUAAAGCUGCACGUGUUCAAUAUGCCCCCGAGGGCAGACGAGGCAAUGUUUAUAUAGAUGAUGAAGAUAUGCUUUCUAGUGAAAAAGGAAUCAAAAAUCAUAGAGAUGUUAGAAGACCAAGAUCCGAAGAACUAGUAAAGUAUGUUAAAAUGCCAGAAUCUGAAGAAAAAAUUGUAAAAUACGUUACUAGGAAUAACUACCGAGACAGGAAACCUAUUGGGUAUGUUACAAAAGAACCAGCAGCUGAUGAAAAGACUUUCCAAAGGCUAAAAUAUUAUGACACCCGAAAGGAAUAUGUAGUUCAGCGUGAGUCAACACGCGACGUCCAUUGUCAGAUAACAUCAAAGUACGAGAUACAACGACCGCCAACGCGCGACGUCCAUUGUCAGAUGACAUCAAAGUACGUGAUACAACGACCACCAACACGCGACGUCCCUUGUCAGGUGACCUCAAAGUACGAGAUAAAACGACCGCCAACGCGCAACGUCCAUUGUCAGACUAUAAUAAACAAUUUUCGUGAUGUGGCAUGUCAAAGUUGUGCAACGCCACCUACUCCGACUCCACCUACACCAACUCCACCACCACCACCUACACCGACUCCACCACCACCACCUACACCGACUCCAGCACCGCAACCUACUAAAAAGGACCAGUUAGUUUAUUGUAUAGAUUUGAGACCACCUACAGAAAUAAUAGAGCCGAAACCAUUUAAUGUAUUUAAACGUUGUAUCGUACCUCAACCGAAGAAAAAAAAUGACGAUUAUAUAGUCACGGUUGGUGGAGGAUGGAAUAAAAUGAACGACUAUAUGGAAAGACAUGAUCCUGUGAAGAGAUUCGUUUACGAAAGACAGCAAUUGAAAAACUCCAAUUUACCGGAAAAAAAGAAAAAGUACUAUGGAUUCAAAUCAAUUUAUAAGUCACCUCAAUAUAAAAGGGCAUAUCGUUUUUAAGAAUUAAAAUAUUUUUCAGGAUAUUAGAUAAAUGACAUACAUUUGUGUAAAGUUAAAUACGGAUUUUAUUGUUUAUAGUCUAAUAUCUAGAUUGCUGCUUAUUAGUCUCCUAUUAUUCCAUAUAAGCUGUGUCCACCGUCUCAGAACAAGCAUACUUAAAAUGAUAUUUUUAUAUUAAAAAUGUUUAUUUCAUAAAUAUGUAUUUGAAUUAAGAGUUCAAUUCUAAGUUGAUCAUAUAUGGUUUAAUAUGUUCUGGUGUGAUCUGUUUUUUGCAUUUUAUGCUCCCAGAUAUUCAAUUUAAUUAACAGUUAUUCCUCUUUCUGGAGAAAUGCUUAUUGUAAGUUAAUGUUAUCUAUAAAAAAAAGUCAAGCACUGAUCAUAUUAGACACCACAAACCUGUAGGCGAGACAUUUAGUUUCAGUGUUUCAUAUGCGAGCUUUGUUGUGAGUUUUUAAUCUUUGAAAUAAAA